AUGGGAUCAUCGGCCUAUUCCCCUUUGGAUCGAUUCAUCCGAGCAAACCCACACAGGAAGGUUGGGAUCAGGAGGAGGAAUCAUGAAAGGCCAUAUAGCACUGAAGAUGAGCUGGAAGUACCUCAGUUGUGCUGGCUUACUGUAACAAUUAAAAGCAUGAGAAAUGUCCGCAAAGCAGAUCUGUGGAGCCAAACUGAUUGCUAUGUCAAGCUGUGGCUGCCGACAGCUUCAUGUCAGGAAGCCCGGACAAGAACUGUACGCAACUGCAGGAAUCCUGUCUGGAACGAAACUUUCCACUUCGUGAUACAAAGUGAAGUAAAGAACAUCCUGGAGAUGUCAGUCUGUGAUGAGGAUAUUUUUACACCAGAUGAUCAGCUUAUGACUGUUCGCUUUGAUGUAGCUAAAAUCCAACCUGGAGAAAAAAUUCACUUGAAUUUUGAGUUAAAUACAGAGAACCAGGAAGAACUAGAAGUGGAAUUUCUACUGGAAAACAUCCCAGGUGUAUCUGAGAAGAUCAUUACUAAUGGCGUACUAGUGUCUCGCGAAGUUUCCUGUUUGGAAGUACAUGUGAAUGAAACAAAAAUGAAGAACUCUUACACAGGCAGAGAUUUCACGUUCACAAUGAAAGGAUCCUAUGAAGAAACCCAGGAUGUUUCCAUAGGUCCUCACUCCAGACGGGGAAGCAGUGAAACCACUAGGUUCCACUAUAUCAAGCACAGUCAACCCAGACUGCUCAUGACACUGCCAAAGGAGCAUGUUUUCUGUUGUCAUGGCUCAGCUAGAAGGGGAAUAGGUGUAACUAGUCCCCUGGCUGUGCCUCUCCAUUCCCUGGACUUGGGAAAGAAAGUGACAGUCAUGAGAGGGGAAUCUUAUGAAGUGUCUGUGAAUGAGGAAAAUGGUUGCAAAAAUUUAGAUGUGCGGUUGGGGUUUGAUCUGUGUGCAGAAGAGCGGGAUUUCAUCUGUAAAAGGAAGAAAGUGGUUGCUGCUGCUCUGAAAAAUGUUCUUCAUCUAGAUGAAGACCUGCAGGAAGAUGAGCAGGUGCCAGUGGUGGCAGUUGUGACCUCAGCAGGGGGAGUGCGAUCCAUGACAGCUAUGUUUGGCAGUCUUCUGGCUCUCCAGGAGUUAGGUGUUUUGGAUUGUAUCUCAUACAUCAGUGGUUUAUCUGCCACAACAUGGACCAUGUCAAAGUUAUAUGAAGAUGCAAAUUGGUCACAGAAGGAUCUCAGAGGGCCAAUUAGUGAUAUCAGGAAACAUGUGACCAAGAACAAGCUGCACUGUUUCUCAUUGGAUGAUAUGAAAUACUAUGAAAAUGAGCUUUGUGAGAGAAAGCAAGAGGGGCAUAAGCUGUCCUUUACAGAUUUAUGGGGACUCUUCAUUAAUCGUAUGCUACAUCAUCAGCCAGAUAUUAUGAGAAAUGGCGUGGCAUUUGAUAUUGAUGUGAGAAUUCAUAGCACAUGGAGUAAUAUAUUUUCCCAGAAUUUUAUGGAUGCUGUCUAUCUCUCGGGUCAUUCAGAGGAUUUCUGGCACAGAUGGACCAGAGACACUGAGCGUGACAUUGAGGAGCACCCUGCUCUGCCCAAGAAGCCUCAUGAACAGACAACUUGUUUAUCCAUUCCCAAAGGUUACCCUUCUAAUACUCUUCGAGAAAUGAUGACUGGACGGCCAGUGGUUUCAACUUACCAUAAUUUUCUCAAGGGCUUGCAGCUACACAAAAAGUAUUUAGAGAAUGAGAGCUUUUGCAUGUGGAAAGAUACAGUGCUGGAUUCUUCUCCCAACCAGCUAAAUGAAAUGGGUGACUACCUCAAACUGAUAGAUACAGCCUUCUUCAUCAACACCAGCUGCCCACCCAUUCUGAGGCCAGAGAGAAAAGUGGAUGUCAUUCUGCACUUAAAUUACAGUGGAGGAUCACAGACUCUGCCGCUGGACCUAUUCUCAGAGUACUGUUUGGAGCAUGGUAUCCCAUUCCCCAGCACAGAGCUGAGCCAGGAAGACCGGGAACAUCUGAAGGAGUGCUAUGUGUUUGAGGAUAGCUUAGAGGCACCGAUCUUGGCCUUUUUUCCACUGGUGUGUGAUACUUUCCAAAAAUACAAGGCACCAAAUAUGGAGCGCAGUCCCACAGAGAUGGAGCAGGGAAGAGUAGACGUGUCCAACUGUACUGCGCCGUAUGGCACUGGUCUGCUUACGUAUAGCGAAGAGAAUUUCAAUAAGCUGCUUAACCUGUGCUGCUACAAUAUCCUGAAUAAUAAACACUUAAUUCUUCAGGCUUUGCAAACUGCAGUGGAACGAAAGAAGCGAUUUAAAAACUAUUCAUCACCUCAUUCACAUAAAUUCUCUUAAAGUAUAUUUUGUUGAAUCUCACCAGAAGGAGAUAUACAAAUGUUUUGGUACUGGACUAAUGCAUAUUAAUCUGCUGCAAGCUCGCAGAUGUUCAUGAUGGCAACAAAAUUUGAUAUGAACUCCUUUGACUUCUGCAACAGUGUGGUGGUCAGUGUGUAGCUGCUGCUACAAUUUUAUUCCCACUGCCAUCCAAAGCA